AUGGCGCCCGUUCUCCAACAACAGAAACGGAAGAGCUCUGGCUUGCCCGAAUCAUACAAGGAGGAUCUCUCCAAGGGCCCUAUGCUCCGCUUCGAAGAGUCUCUCCCCAAAUUGCCUGUCCCAUCGCUGGAAGAGACCGCUCAACGCUACCUCAAAUCCGUCCACCCGCUUCUCACCCAGGCCGAAUUUGAAAACACCAAGAAGGCCGUCGACUCUUUCGUCCAACCCGGCGGUGUCGGUCACAAACUUCAGGAGCGCCUCGUCAAGAGAAGGGAGGACCCGAAGGUCGCCAACUGGUUGACCGAGUGGUGGAACCAGGCCGCAUACCUCGCCUACCGCGACCCCAUCGUCCCGUACGUCUCAUACUUUUACAGCUACCGCGAUGACCGAAAACGGCGGGACCCGGCCAAGCGUGCUGCGGCCAUCACCACCGGUGUCCUCGAGUUCAAGAAGCAGGUCGAUGAGGGUACCCUCGAGCCGGAAUACAUGAAGAAAUUGCCCAUCGCCAUGAGCUCUUACCAAUACAUGUUCAACUGCUGCCGUCGUCCCGCCAAGCCUUCCGACUACCCGGUCAAGUACUCUGCCCAGGAGCACAAGUACUUCAUCGUCGUCCGCAAGAACGCAUUCUACAAGGUCGUCCACGAGCACGCUGGAAAGACCCUCAGCGCCAAGGAGCUCGAGCAGCAGUUCCGUUACAUCUACCAAAACGCCGCCAAGUCGGAGCCGAUCGGUAUUCUCACCACCGAGAACCGCGACAACUUCACUGACGCAUACGAGCGCCUGGCCACCUCCAACCCAGCCAACAAGGCCGUGUUGGAGACCAUCGAGGCCUCAUCGUUCGUCGUCUGCCUCGACGACGCCGCCCCGGUCACCCUCACCGAGCGCGCCCACCAGUUCUGGCACGGUGACGGCAGCAACCGAUGGUUCGACAAGCCUCUGCAGUUCGUCAUCUGCGACAACGGCGCCGCGGGUUUCGUCGGUGAGCACAGCAUGAUGGACGGCACUCCCACCCACCGUUGCAACGACACCGUCAACCACUGGAUCGUCAACGAGAAGCUCGACCUCGAAAGCUCCCAACUCCGCUCCGACAUCCCCGACCCGACCCCUCUCCGCUUCCAGCUCUCCGCCGAGAACAACAAAGACAUCGCCAACGCCGCCCAGGCCCACGUCUCCCUCAUGGCCCAACACGAGCUCCGCGUCGAGGCCUUCCAGGGCUACGGCAAGGGUCUGAUGAAGAAAUUCCGCUGCUCGCCCGACGCCUACGUCCAGAUGAUCAUCCAGCUCGCCUACCACAAGUUCUACGGCAAGAACCGCCCCACCUACGAAUCCGCCGCCACCCGCCGCUUCCAGGAGGGCCGCACCGAGACCUGCCGCUCCGUCUCGGACGAGAGCGUCGCCUUCUGCAACGCCAUGGCCGACCCGUCCUCCACCGACGACGCCCGCCGCGCCGCCUUCCGCGCCGCCGUCGACUCCCAGAUCAAGUACAUCUCCGUGGCCAGCGACGGCCGCGGCGUCGACCGCCACCUCUUCGGCCUCAAGAAAUCCCUCCAGCAGGGCGAGGAGGUCCCCGCCAUCUUCCAGGACCCGGCCUUCUCGUAUAGCUCCUCGUGGUUCGUGUCCAGCUCGCAGCUGAGCUCGGAGUACUACAACGGAUACGGGUGGAGCCAGGUCAUCCCCGAAGGAUGGGGAAUGGCCUACAUGAUCAACGAGAACUCCGUCCAGUUCAACAUCGUCUCCAAGAACCUCGGCGCCGAGCGCAUGGCCUUCUACCUCAACGAAGCCGCCUGCGACCUGCGCGACCUCUUCCAGGCCGAGCUCGACGCCGCCGCCAAGGCCGCCAAGGCCAAGCUGUAG